GGAGCCGGCGGCGGGAGCUCGGCUGGCGCGGCCUUGCUCGCUGCCAUGUUCGCAGACGGGACGGCGCCGGGCGCCAACGUGGAGUCGUUGUGGAGAAGCGCACGGAGCACUUGCUGUGAGGCGAAAAGCUGCCAGACUGGGAAAAUCUCCACAGCAGAAGCUGCAGUGCAGUCCCAUACCAGCCAAGAUGCUGCUGCGCAGACAGAUCAGCAGAGGGAUGCUGCCCAGGGCUUCCAGCAAGAAGUCCAGGUGGAUGACACUGGCCUCCUCUCCUUCCUCCAGAGAGUGGAGAGUGCUGUUAUCAAAGAGCUAAAUAAGAACUGGAAAAGCCAUGCCUUUGAUGGCUUUGGAGUGAACUGGAGAGAGCAGAACAAAACAGUGCUGUGCCUGCACAGGCUCUCGUACCCAGAGGCCCAGCAGCAGAAGCUGCAGGUCACCAGCGUCUCGUGGAACGCAACAGGAGCUGUUGUUGCCUGCUCCUAUGGCCACUUGGAAGAUGGGGAUUGGAGCACAGCAAAGUCCUAUGUUUGCACCUGGAAUCUGGAGAGGAGAGGAUUGAACCCACAGCGCCCAGACCUCGUGGUGGAUGUUCCCAGCUCCGUCAUGUCCCUGGCUUUCCACCCCUCCCAGCCAUCGCUGCUUGCUGGUGGCCUUUUCAGUGGGGAGCUGGUGGUGUGGGACACCAGCAGAACAGAAGACCCUGUGGUCUGGAGGACAGGGAUGACAGAUGACACUCACACUGAGCCUGUCUAUCAGGUCAGCUGGGUGCCCGAGGGCCGGCAGCAGGGCCGCCCGCGGCUGUGGAGCGCCGCGCCGGACGGGAAGGUGCUGGCGUGGCAGGAGCAAGAGGGGCGCCUGGCCCCGGCCGGGGGCUUCACCCUGGAGGCGGCGCAGCUCCCACGCAGCGCCCAGCUGAGGAAGCUGGCCCGGGGCGAGGCAGCAGUGGGUGUCACCUCGCUCUCCUUCUCACCCUUGGAUCCCUGCGUGCUGGUGGUGGGUGUGGAAGGCGGCUCCCCGCUCAAGUGCCGCACGGCCGCGGCGUGCCGCCGGGCCCCUGCCGAGCUGGCCUUCGCCCCGCACGCCGGGCCCGUCUACUCCCUCAGCUGCUCCCCGUUCCACAGGAACCUCUUCCUGAGCUGUGGGACUGAUGGCCAAGUGCACCUGCACUCCAUGCUGCAGCCCCAGCCCCUCCUGGCCCUGCAGCUGUCCCAGCAGUACCUCUUCUGCGUGCGCUGGUCCCCAGCCCGACCGCUGCUCUUUGCUGCUGCGGCUGGGGAAGGAGUCGUGCACCUCUUUGACCUGGGGAAGAGCUCCCAGAAGCCUGCCGUGUCCAUGGAGCAGUCUGUGGGGCAAGGCCCCGUGCACUGCCUGGAGUUCAACUGCAGGCAGCCGCAGCUCCUGGCAGCUGGGGACGCCACUGGCACAGUCAGAGUCUGGCAGCUGAGUUCUGACUUCACCGAGCAGGGAGCCAGGGAACUGAAGCACCUGGAGCAGCUGGCGAGUGAGACCAGGGGCUGAGGCCA